CCCCAAUCCCAAGCCAACCCCCUUGCAUCGGCUCAUCACAGCUGCGUUGCGUUUGUUUGGCAGUGUUUUUGUUUCGGUGAGAAACUUGAUAUGAUGCGAGUCGAUCCAUAAAGAGCUACUGGGUACAAAGUGAAUAAUAUUCCACUCUCAUUUGUUUCUCUUGGCAGUUUUUCACGAGAAGUACAGGUCAGACCCAACUUCGAUUAUUAUUUCUGUGCUCUGUCAGACCCAAUUCGUUGGUCAGACCUCGCUCAGGCCAGUCAGACCUCGCUCAGGCCAGUCAGACCUCAGACACAUUGCUCAGUCAAAAUGGUGAAAAUUGCAGUUAUCGGUGCUGGCAUUAUCGGCCUUUCUUCAGCAUACGUCCUAAAAACGUUUAAUGAUCAUCUAGACGUUACAUUGUUCGCAGAGAAAUUCAGUCCAAACACAACAAGUGAUGGUGCAGCAGGGAUUUUCAAAAUUGAUGAAAGUGAUGAGGGAUUAAUGAAUACGCCGGAAGAAUUGAUAAGCAAAUGGGCAACUGGAACUUGCAAGUGGUACAAACAAAUCCUAAAGACAGAUUUCGCACCAAAUAUUGGAAUUAGCAAUAUCUCUGGUUACUUCAUUAGCGAUAAAGAAACAUUGGAGAUGGGUUCCUGGUCGAAGAAUCUAGACAAUCUUGUUAAAUUGACAGAAGAACAACUGGCAGAGUUUGGCGAGGAAAUAAGAUCUGGCUACUUCAUAUCAAGUGUAAUCUGCGAAAGCAGCAAAUACCUUCCUUGGCUUCUUAAAAGAUUCAAAGAGAAGAAUGGAAAGGUGAUCGAGAAAAGAAUCAAUUCAUUUGAUGAGCUUAUCGACUUUGAUAUCAUCGUCAACUGCAGUGGAGUUGGAGCACGUGAUCUCACUGGAGAUAAGGAACUUGUGCCACUGCGAGGCCAACUAGUAAGGGUGAAAGCGCCUUGGAUUCGGCAUUUUUAUCAUGUUUCGAUUUACAAGGGAACUGAUCCAUAUACCACGUACAUAUACCCAAACAUUGAUAAUGUUGUAUUGGGCACCGUGAGUCAGCAGUCCACGGAUUAUAACAUUUCUGAAAAGGACAGCAAAUUUAUUCUCAAUAGGGCCGGUAGAUGCAUACCAUCGUUGAAGAAAGCAGAGAUAGUAAACGAAUGGGUUGGCCUUAGGCCAUCCCGACUGUCAUCGGUUCGACUUGAGAAAGAGGAAGUGUGUUUGAAGGCAGCUGAUGGAAAGGCUACCAAAAAAGUUAAGAUUGUUCAUAACUAUGGACAUGGUCCGUGUGGCAUCACAUUGCACUGGGGUUGCGCACAGAAUGUAUUGGAAUUGGUGAAAGAAAGCUUGGAAGAGAUUAAUGGCCUAAGCUCAAAAUCGAAACUUUAGAAAAAAGAAACAGCAAAUGCUUCUACAUUAGAACAAUAAUUAAUUAACGAUAUCGGUAUUUUCUGAACCAGAUCAAUAAAAAAGAUGUUGUGGAAUAUGAUUUUGUAUGGCAUAAUAGGUUAUAAAAUAUUUUUAUACAAACAAAUUUUAUGAGAGGAUUUAAUAAAGUAUUUUCCGAAGGUUUUUUAAUCUUAUUUUCUUUUAUAAUGAUCAGAGGUCGUUGCAAAAACCAGAUCAUCACAGUCUAAACAGUGGCGGAUUUUAGGGGGCAACUAGGGGAAGUUGCCCCUACCUCAACGAGUUGAAGAAAGUCUGGCGCCCCUUUUUUGGAAAUUGUGCGCCCCUUUUGAAGAAUGGGAAUCAGAUGAAAAAGUUUUUGAGACCGAUAGGUUAAUUUGCUUCAAGGAUUACCUCAAAGUUAUUUAUUCCGAAAAUGGAUCUGGAAUCGUUGUAUACAGCGUACUCUUGUCAACAAUUUUGAAAAUUUUUCAGUGCCCCCACUAGUAACUGCCCCUCUAUGAAAUUUGCUCUGGAUCCGCCCCUGAGUCUAAAUGCAUUGCAAGCCCCAAAAGCACGUCUCCUUUAAUUGCUUGUCGAGAAAUAGUAUAUGUCAAUCAAUCCACGUAUUAACUACCUAGCUUCGAAAAUAUAUUUUUAGGACAUUGAGAAGCUGUGCUUAUCGAGCAGUGUUCUGGUCUUUUCUCUGUUGUUGAGUACACCUCCUGAUUCAUACACUUGGAAAUACAGAGAGAUAGCGACUCCCCUCGCUUUGAGUAGAUGUCUGGUCGUGUUAGUGGCUCAAACAACAGACCUUUUGGCCUACAAUCCGCGACACGAAUCCUUGAGGCAUUCUCACACAUUCUACAAUUCAUAAGCAAUCUAAACAGGUCAAAUUGUACAAUAGAAACAAAACAAACAAACAAAAACAUAGCUAAUCAUGUAAAGAGAUAUUUACAAGUAUAUGAGAUAUCCUCCACAUUUUUGGGGCAUGGUUUUAAUAACACUGGAAUCCAAGAUUAUAUUAUAUUUUGGGGGCAUGUUUUUUAAAACACUGGAAUCAAAGACUAUAGUACAUUUUUGGGGCAUGGUUUUAAGAACACUGGAAUCAAAGACAUAUAUAUAUAUAUAGCCAGGGUUAGCAAUAAAUUUGUGUUUUCUGACAACUUGUAAAACUGUUUUUGUUACAUUAGGAACGAAGGCUAUAGCCUUUGAGAAAACCAAUUUUUUUGCUAAAGUAUUUGAGUUACUCUAGUAGUAACUGAAAAAUUUCACUUGUAAAUCAGACAGUUGAAAAUGAUUUGGACAAAGCGAAUUUAUAUAAGUUUUUAACAAUUUACAGAUUUUGAUUUCCUUUAUUUAAAACCAAAACUAUAGCCUUGUAAAAGCCAUGUAUUCGUUGAUAUCGUUGAUAACAAGAAUAGUCUGUUGGUAAUUUCACAUAAUCGAAUGUACCUGAAAAUUAUAUGUUUAAAAUUUGUGAUUUUUGACAGCUUUAAGAACCCCAAUUUUCUCCCAUUAGAAACCAUGUCUUCAAUAGACUUUGGUUUAUGCUGGAAUAAUGCAAAUUUAGUCAUUACUUGUCAAUUCAGUUUAUUGAUUUAAAUAGAAAAUUUGCAUUCUUAACAGGUAAAAAAGUGAAAUUUUUGACAUCUUGUCCGACUUGUAUUUUGUUUUAUUGGAUUCCACUGCUAGUUUACAAAUACUUCACGAUGUUUUGCCAUUACCCAUUAGCUAGCCAAAAAAAGAGAUGCUGUAAACUUUUUAACUUUUAACUGGGCUAACAGCCUUUGAAAAACCCAGGAUAGUCCAAAAUUCUAUAUUUGUAAGAGAAUACACUUUUUGCUUCUAAAAGAGGAGAUCCAAGAGUAUUCUAAGUAAAAGGAUUCUGAAAAACGACUUUGACGACGUUUUUGACCUGGUAUUUUCAACACUAUUUGAAGUCUUUGUCUGGAAUCAGCUUCUCCACUGAAGUGCCACCCUCCCUAAAGAAUUUAGAAAUGAACGUGGAAACUCGGUCUUGUUUUGUAAUAAGGUUUGUAUAUAAUUUCCAGUUUUGUCAAGUUUUGUUUACAAUUUUUAUAGAUUCAUUGAUAGAAACAGAUUGUAAUUAGGUCAUGGGCCAUCUCGGCCUAUGUACCUUUAUCAUAAAAAAGUAAUUAGGCUCAGAGUCUUGUACGCAAAGCUGAAUUAUGGUUUGCUGUUGCCUUCAUGUUGGAGGUGAGAGAAAAGUAGACAUAUUGAAUGGUAGUUUAAACAUUUCAAAAAAAUAUGAUUUGUACAAAAUUAAACUACAAUCACGGUAGUCGACUAUUAUUUAAACUCCAUAAGAAAUGCUCGAUUAGGAAAACAUUAAAGAAAAUUUAAACUGAUUGAAUUGACGGCAAUUAUGAAAUUUCUAGAAAUACAAAAACAGGCAAGAAGGACAACAACAAAAAUGUCAUAUGGUAAUCAAAAGUGUCGAAGGAAGUUCCAUGGCCGCAUCGAGGAUCGAAUCAGUCGAGGAAGUUUCUUGCACAUUACAGAAGUUUUGUACACAAAUGACAUAGCCAUGUCAUAACAUAUCACGGGAAAUACGUGAACAUAUAAUAGGAAACCAAAGCUUUUUACUGCACUGCACUUACACAGAAAAUACUCGCAAUUGAAAUGAAUACCAGACAUUGAAUGCCUUGCUUUGGUGUUGCUAGGCUGACUCAAACUUUGUUGUGAUCGAAUUGAUAACACUCUGAAUAACAACAAAUUGAGAGUGUUCCAAUUAUGGUCAAGCUUUUUAAUUAACAGGAGGCGGUAGGGGGUUACCUAUAACCUGUAGCACAAAGGGGUAGGAAAAAUCAAGCACUUGGACCACAAACAUUUCCCAUUGAAGGGUCACGGAUACAAUACGACACAACUUUUAAAACUGUUUGCUUAAAUAUACAGGAGGCAACGUCACAACAUUUAAUAUCUUUUAUGAUGAAUGGUAUGAAAUUAUAUACGAACUAUUGCUACUAAGUAGAAUUACAAAAGUAUAAACAAACUGCAUACAAACCAAGUAUCUUAGACACUUGUCAACUUUGUCCAUCUUAUUUCCGUCAGUGCAGUAAAGGAUCUUGGUCUGUACAUUUUUUCUUUGCUGUUCAAGGUAGGCGUCUUUAAACUUUAGGUUUCUAACUUCCAUCCCACUCCGAAAUUAGAUAAAACUCGACUAAAUGAUUCGGGGAAACAUCGUAAAUUAAAAAAUCUCAAGAAUAUUUAGCAGUUAACAGAAUCUUGCCGAAGGGUCAAGUUCUUCGGUAAAUUCACUGAAAAUCUGAAAAUUGAAGAUUUCUCCCGAUUCCAAUGUUUCCUGUGUUUUUAACGAAUAAAAACCUGAAGUUUCAAGGUAUUUUCCCCAUUGGAGCCAGGCGGCUGGAAGACCCCACAAGGAUUUAUUAUUAGUGACCAUAAGAACAACCAACUCUAUCAGAUGAUUUAUUCGCACUAUUACCAACACCAGACCCUUAUGGUUACUUGAAAAUCUGGUAUUUCUUGCAUAAAACAUUCGCCCAAGGCAACACUCGCGUUUGUAUGAAAUCGAUAAAUCUGCUGA